UAUCAUCACCUUUACUAUUCGAACAACCUACGAAGAUCCCAACAAGAGACAGGAGGAUGAUCCUUUCAUGGAUUGCACUUCUUCUUUUCCAUCAGGGAUAUGCACUGAUUCCAGUGACCACAGUUCAACUUGGUGAACCUGUGACCUUCACAUGCAUUUACCAUGAUUCUGAGUAUAGUAACUCACGAACCAAGUGGUACAAACAGAGUAUUGGUGAUACGCUUACCUUAAUGUCUACACUGCUGAAAGGCACUGCAAUUCCUACGUUUGAACAAGGGUUUCCUCCCUCACGAUUUAAUGUAAACCAUACCACAACCAUGAGCACUCUGACCAUUUUAAAGACGAUCCAAGAAGAUGAGGCAGUGUAUCACUGUGCUGUCAGUAGCUGGAGUAAGGAUGAGUGGAGGAGCACAUACUUGUCUUUAAAAGGAAAAACUCAGAGUACGUCGAGAUAUACUGUUGUUCAGUGGCCAGCAGUAUCUAAUCUAGUUCAUCCGGGAGACUCUGUCACCCUUCAGUGUUCAGUCCUCUCAGACUCUAAGAAGAAGUCCUGUCCAGGUGAAACUAGCGUGCACUGGUUCGGAGUCAGAUCACAUAAAUCUCACCCAAACAUCAUCUACACUGAUGGAAAUGGACCUGAUGAAUGUGACAAGAAACCUGAUGCACAUUCGCCUCCAAAUAGUUGUGUUUAUCACUUCUCCAAGAAUGUCAGCUCCUCUGAUGCCGGGACUUAUUACUGUGCUGUGGCCACAUGUGGAGAGAUAUUGUUUGGAAAUGGAACAAAACUGAACAUUGAAGGAGCCAGCUCAGGGUCUAUUGAUGUUUUACUGGAGGACAGAGUAAUUCUGCUCCUCCUGUUUGCUGUCCUGGCUAUAAGUGUGAUUGUUAUAGCCGUCCUCGUUUACGUCAUCAAGAACAACAAAUGUGGUUAUUGCAAUAAUGAAGCUGCUGUUUCCCUGCAGCAGUAUCUUGCAAAAAGGAAUUUAAAGAGAGGUGAAGACACAUGGGCUUAUUCUGCUGUCGUCUUCUCUGUGAUAAAAACUGACAGUGGUGGAACACAGGAUGCAAAGGCAGCAGAGAGAGAGAGGAUCUACGCAGCUGUCAAGGCCUUUGGGUUGGAUUAGCAGGUUAACUGGACUGUUUGAGAUCAGUUCGUACCACAUGGCAAUGUAAGACCCAGGCAAGUGAGCUCAGCAAGACGAUCUGUCAGUAUUUCAAAAGUAAUUCAAAGUAUUCAUAAUAUGUAACUUAGUUUGAGUAAUCUAAUACCAUACAAAUUACAUAUUUGGGCAUGUAUUUAAUAACCUGUAGUGGAAUAGAUUUCACAUGUAACCCUCCAAACAUUGCCAGCGCAGAGCAACAGCGAUUAGCGAGCCAGUGGGAUAAACACAAAGGAACUUAAAUGCAUUAACAUUAACAUGUACGCAUAGUUGGACUUUCUACAACAACAAAGAACAAAGAAGCUUGGAUUACAACACACACACACCGAGAGAACGUGACUUCAGUCUCUGCUCAGGACUCAUUACUCAAGUAUAUUUUUACUCAGCAGCUGUAUUAAUGCUCUGUAUGACCUGUACAGCAUCUGUAAAGCUAGAGGCGGUUAUUAUAUGUGGCUAUUACAUGUAGGGGAUUUUUUUUGUUGUUGUUUUUUUUGUUUUGUUUUGAUAUACAUAUAAUGUACAUUUUAAUAGUCCAGUAUGUAGGAUUUAGCGAGAUAGAUAGAAUUUAGUAUUAAUAACUAUGUUUGAUUCAGUUUUUAAUCUCCUGAUAUUAAACAUCAUUACGUUUUUGUUACCUUAGAAUGAGUCAUUUAUACCUCCAUACGGGCGGGUUCUCCUCUGCAGAGUGUGUCAUGUUAUUUCUACUGUGCCUCAGGAUGGACAAACCAAAACACCGGACCUAGAUCGGACCAUUCGCAUUAUUGCAUUUUCACGUCAGCCACCGUAGUUAUCCUGCAUGCUUGGCACAUGGGAGAGGUUUCAGGUGGUUGCAACCUCACUCCAAGAUGCCAUUAAAAUCCUACACAUUAGACUUUUAAUUUAAUGUUUUGUGGUCAUGUGUAAGACUAGAUGAUUAAAUCAAAGCAGUGCUUUUUGUUUCAUUCAUGUAUGUUGGACUUCAGUGAAUUUUGUGAAACCGUGAUGAGCACAGUGAGAGUGAACGUCUUCCCUUCAUCUAUUUUUAUUGCUUUCACACUGCUGUAGCACUUUGUGUCUUUAUCCAACCAGAUUAUAUUAAGUCUUUCUGAAGUCUUACUUUUAACAUGAACAUUUUUAAAAUCAAAGCUCUGCUUAGUGAUUCUAAAUAUAAUGUAGGUGAAACUUGAUGUGUAAUGUGGUUAUGUGUAUUAUAUUUAAGCCUCAGCAGGAAACUGCUGCUGUUUUCAUUGUUUCCAAUAAAAGGCAGUUUCAGUGCUGUUUAAUGAAAUGUAUAUGACAGGAAAUGCUGCUCCAGUCAUAGUGAAAGAACAAAAAAGUAACUUAUAGGCCUGUGACCACGCAGAGAGAGCCAGGCAGCUCUUUUCAUCAAUACACAGAGACCACGAAGCAGGGAAUCUCU